UUGAUAGAGUUAUAAGGCAUGUUCACAAGAUAAGAUUUUAUGGGCAAGGUCGCAACCCCAUCGAUAAGAUGAGAUUGAAAUCCUUUUAAACCUUAAUUGGGCGCAAAUCGACAGGAGUUCAUGUGAAUAAUCUGGUGUGAACUUGGUUUUCGAUUGCAUUUAACCUUGUUCACAGUUAUGACGAGCUCACACGAGUACGCCAUUGCAAGCGCCAAACGUCGAGGCAAUCAAAUCAAGAUCGUCCUAAAGUCGAUCGCACGGCCUGCCAACAAGAAAACCAGUCCCCCAUCAAAACAUAUGCCUCGAAAUGAAACCUCCCCUAUGCUGGCAUUCUUCUCAGGGCCCGGGUUCGAGUCACGCGAAAUGGAACUCGAUUUAAGAGACUUGGUYGGGAUCAAUGUGAACGAUUUGGAUGACUCUUUACGGGAUAUUAUUCUCGAUGAUCCUAACACGGACGAAAUCGAUACUGCAUCACUGGUUUCUGAGAUUUCAACGUGUAGUUCAGUGGUCACGGUUGCUCUCGAGCCUGUAGACGAAGAACCCAAGAUAUUAGCAAGAAGCAGACCACCAUGUUCACCGACACCGACAGGCAGGAGCUCAGAGCCAAGCUGUGCGUCAUCUAGCGAAGCAGAAGAAGAAAUCGAAAGCAAAAAGAGUGGCUGGAAAUCAAAGAAGAUUUCAAACCUUUUUUCUUUCAAUUCAGGAGCUUCGAGUUCUACUUCCGUCAAUACAAUGGGUGUAGUGAAUGAGAAUCCUGUGGAUCGAAAUUCACCUCCUGUUGUCGAUCGUAAAAAGACUCGYAGACCGUCUCUAACAAGGAGGAUGUCCCCGUUAGCAUUAGGGAUUUUCUCUACAGCAGCUUUACAAAAUCCUCCGGAUGUUAAACCAGAGUCUCUGGAAAAAGACUCCAAAAGGCCGGYCGGUCCUGGAAAGAUGAACCGCAAACUUUCAUUAACAAARUUCUCAGUACCAAAACAAACCGAGAAGCAAGAUAACAGCGGGAAAAAACGACGAAAUACCGACCCGAAUUUACUCCAAAGAAAAGCACAAGCCUUAGGUGUAGAAACCGACGAAGAGACGUCGAAACCAGCCGAAGGCGAAGAAGCAGGAAGUCCUGAGAGAGUUCGCMGAGUGUCGUUCAACGCUCUCGCCCCGAGCGUGGAAGAACCAAAAAAGGAUGGCAUUCGYCUUGAACCAGAGGAGGGCAAUUUUAAAGACGAGGAUAUCAAAUUAAGGAAUUUAAUUGGAGACGUUUUACGCUCUCAUAUGUUAUCGAUGGUUGAUUACAGAAAAGAAACAUGYGAUCGCACGGGGAAAAGUAUUUCAAAAAUCCUUAAAACGCUUAUMGAGUCAAUGAAACAGUCGGAGGGAGUUCAGGCGAAAGUCGUUUGUAGUGUAUUUCUUGGUGCGGUUAGAGAUCAAGGAAUCUUCAUGUCGACGCAAGCAUUGUGGGACUCAAAUCAGGACAAUUUCGCAGCAGCAAGCUUCCGUAACGAAGCUGUGUUUGGACUAGCUGUUGUCAUAACGACGCCAUAUGUCACCACAUGAUCCACAGGAAUCCCAAUACUGACGAUUUAAGACACGACCUAAUGUCCUUUAGCUUCUUUUUUGCCAGUAUUAACGGUUUCGAUUAUCAAUGUUUUAAUUCCAAUAGUUCCAUUUUGAUUUUUUUAGUCGUUUUGAAUUGAAAUUAGAUUUUUUUCCUUUUAUAAAA